GUCAGCAAUUUGUGAUAUUUCGUGGAAAAACAGGAACAUGUUUUGUUUUAGAUGCGUAUUGCCCUCAUUUAGGAGNCUUUACAGGUCAGCAAUUUGUGAUAUUUCGUGGAAAAACAGGAACAUGUUUUGUUUUAGAUGCGUAUUGCCCUCAUUUAGGAGCGCAUUUAGGAACGGAUGGAAAAGUUCACGAGGAUUGCAUCGAAUGUCCUUUCCACGGAUGGCGAUUUGCUGGACAGGAUGGUUCUUGCGUAAAAAUACCUUACGCCGAAAAAAUUCCAGAAGUUGCUAAAAUAAGAAGCUGGGAAACAAUUGAGCAAAACGGAUUCAUUUACGUUUGGCAUCAUGCAGAAGGACAACCUCCUUUGUGGAAACCUCCAGUUAUACCAGAAAUAGAGAAUCGACUAAUGUUGUAUAAAGGUCGUAGUGAACACAUUGUAAAUUCCCAUAUUCAGGAAAUUUUAGAAAAUCUAGCAGACUUCGUUCAUGUAGAUUGCCUACAUAAAUUUGGGAUAUUGUCCAAAAUUGUUUUUCAUCCCGAAAAUUGGUGGAAAUUUUUUCAGUCUAUAAUCAAAGUAUCCUGCUCUCCAGUAUGUGAAAAAAGAUUUUACUGUUACGAAUAUAAAGGCAUUGUUACUUUUAAAUUGUUCGGAAUAUCUGUUCUACAGUUCUCACUUGAAAUUCAACAGGUAAUUAAUUAAUAAUGAUUAUACUGUACAGUGCAGAAUAUUUGAGAUGAUUUCACAUAUAAAUAUAUGCUAUAAAACUUUUAAAAUAGUUAUCGUUUAUUUUCACGAAUUUGCCUUAAACUAUUCGUAGAUUUUACAAAUCAAAAUUAAUAAUGCAUCAAUAACAGAAAGUAUCGUGUACAGUAGACCCCCCUAUAA